GAUUUUGUUGAUAUUUUUAAUUAUUAUGAUUUAAAUGGUGAUGGCACAUUAAAUUAUAAAGAAUUUAUUUCAAUUAUAUAUGAUACUAAUUUAGGACAAAGAAGAUAUUCACCAUAAAAAUAAUAAUAAUAAUAAUAAUAAUAAUAUUAAUAAUAAUAAUAAUAAUAAUAAUAAUAAAAUGAUAUAAAAAGAUGCAAUAAUCUAAAUUUAAAAAAUAGCAAUUAUGAAUUAUCCUUUUAAAAAUUUAAACAAAAACUUCUUUAACGAGGCGCAACUGGAAUUUUAGGAAUAGGAAGAUAAUUUAGAAUAAUUGAUGAUGAUAAUUCAAAAACUUUAAACUUUUAAGAAUUUCGUAAAUCAGUCAGAGAUUUUUAAGUUGAUCUAACUGAAUAACAAAUCAAUGAGGUUUUUUAAUAUUUUGAUAGAGAUGGAAACGGUACAAUUGAUUAUGAUGAAUUUAUUUUGAGUAUACGUGGCCCAAUGAACCAAAAUAGAAAAAAAUUAGCUCAAUAAGCUUUUAAAAUUUUAGAUAAAGACGGUUCAGGAGUAGUAGAUCUAUAUGACAUAAAAUAAAUAUAUAACGGAAAAAUGCACCCUGAUGUAAAAAGUGGAAAAAGAACUGAAGAAUCGGUCCUUUUAGAGUUUAUUAAUACAUUUGAAUCAUAUACAGGUUUUAGAGGUAUAAAAGAUGGAUAAAUAACUUAAGAGGAAUUUGAAGAAUAUUAUUCAUUUAUAAGUGCUUCUAUUGAUAGAGAUGAUUAUUUCGAAUUAAUGAUGAAUAAUGCAUGGAGAAUGAAUGAUGGAGCAAAUAAAAAUUGGUAAACAAAAGGAUGUUAAUAUUAAUAAAAUAAAAUAAUAAAAGGAAAUGCAUAAGAAUAUAGAUCUCUUACUACAUAAAAUGCACCUUUUGGUACUUCAAAUAUACCUGUUGAUUAUUCUACCAAUUUAAGGCCUAAUAUAAAUUAAUAAUAAUAAUCUUCAUAAUAUUUUUUGGAAAAGUAACCAUAAUUCAAAGUAAAGUCUAGAAUUUCUUAAUAAAGUUUAGAUUUAUUCUAAUCUUUUAGAUAGAAAAUUUUAAGUAGGGGUACUCGAGGAAUAUAAUCUUUAAGUCGUUUAUACAAAAUAAUAGAUGAUGAUAAUAAUAAAAAAAUAAACACGCAUGAAUUUAUAAAAUGUUGUAAAGAUUUAAGAAUGGGAUUUAGUGAUUAAGAAUCUGCGAUUUUAUUUAGAUUUUUCGAUAUAGACGGAUCUGGAGAAAUAGAUUAUGAUGAAUUUCUUUUUACAGUAAGAGGAGAAAUUAAUUAAUUUAGAAAAGGAUUAGUGAUGAAAGUUUUUAAUAAAUUGGACAAAAAUAAAAAUGGAUAUAUUGAACUUGAUGAUAUUAUUGGAAUAUAUAAUGCUAAAUAACAUCCAGAUGUUAAAAACGGUAAAAAAACUGAAGAAGAAAUUUUAGGAGAAUUUUUAGAUACUUUUGAAAUACAUCAUGCUUAAGCUACUGGAAAUAAAUAAGGGAGAGAUAAAAAAGUUAGUAAAGAUGAAUUUAUUGAAUAUUAUACUAAUGUAAGUGCUUCUAUUGACGAUGAUAAAUAUUUUGAAGUCAUGAUAAGAAAUGCAUGGAAAAUAUGA